AUGAAUAUUGUUAGUUGGAACUGCCGGGGAGUGGGUCACCCGUGUGUAGUUCCUGGUCUUAAGUACCUCGUCCGGGUGUAUAAGCCGGAUGUUCUGUUCCUCAGUGAAACUUUAUCAAAUACUCGUAGAAUGGAGGAGUUGCGUCAUUUGUUGGGUUUUGAUUCUUGUUUUGGCGUUAAUCGUGAAGGUAGAGGGGGUGGUUUAGCUUUUAUGUGGCGCUCUUCUUUCCAUUGUUCUGUUACAAAUUUCUCUUCUAAUCAUGUGGAUGUGGAGGUAGCUGAUGCAGUUAAUGGUAAUUGGAGGUUAACGGGCAUCUAUGGAUUUCCUGGAAGUGGUCGAAGGAGAGACUCUUGGAAUUUCUUGAAACAAUUGUCACAGAUUUCUAGUCUUCCUUGGUGUGUGUUUGGUGACUUUAACGAUAUUUUAUCUUCGUCUGAGAAGAAAGGUAGGAAUGACAGAGCACCUUGGCUGAUCAAUGGUUUUAGAUCAGCUGUUUUGGAAUCUGGUUUGGCAGAUGUUCAUAUGGAGGGUUAUCCCUUCACUUGGUUUAAGAGCCUCGGCACUUUUCGCGCAGUGGAGGAGAGGCUUGAUAGAGCAUUGGCUAAUGAUGCAUGGUUCCAUAAAUUCCCUAAUGCUGUUCUAGAAAAUUUGCCUGCCCCAGCAUCUGAUCACUAUCCUAUCCUUCUGGUUCGUGAGCCUGAGGCUCGUACUAGAAGAGCUCGGUCUCGUUUCAACAAAGGAACUUCUAAAAGGAAUAGAAGGGAUUAUAAAUCUAAGUUUGCUCUGUCUAUGUCCGAUUUGGUUUUUGAAUCGAAUGUUAACACAUCCGAGAAAGCAACGGAAGGAGAAUCUCAAAAACCUAAACCUGUGUCUGAAGUUGUUGAAACAAUUCCUCCUGCUGGUGACCCUAGCGAAGAAAAUUUGGGAUCUGACGCUGCAAAACAAGAUCUUAACUCUAUGCCUGUUGAAACGGAGAUUGAAGACACCCAUACAGAAGUUGAGCCUGACAUUGCUGAUAAAUCACCAACUCUUGCUGAAAUGGAAGCUGAUGCUGCAAAAGAUGUUGAGACAACUGUCACAACAUCUGAGACCUCAGAUGAAGAGACUGAAAUUGCUGAUGAAGGAGCUUCUGCUGAUGAAGAGGAAACUCAAUCUGAAGAGAGCAACCAGGAUGCCAUGUUCUCUAUGCAACCAGAUAAAUGUCCAGGACCUGAUGGAUUUAAUCCGGGUUUCUUUCAACAUUUCUGGCAUCUGUGUGGUCAAGACAUCUUUGAUGAAUGUUGUAAAUGGCUUACCACAGGUUCUUUCCCUUCUACACUAACUUUGACAAACAUUGCUCUCAUUCCUAAAGGGGAUUCACAAGUAUCUAUGAAAGAUUGGCGCCCUAUCUCUCUUUGUAAUGUUAUCUACAAAUUGGUGGCAAAAGUCUUGGCGAACAGGUUGAAGCCUAUUUUAAGUAAGUGUAUUUAUGAUAAUCAAUCUGCUUUUGUCCCUGGUCGAUCUAUCUUGGAUAAUGCGAUGGUAGCUAUAGAGGUGGUGCACUAUAUGAAAUCAAAGUUAAGAGGUAAAGUAGGAGACAUAGCUCUUAAACUCGAUAUUAGCAAAGCCUAUGAUAGGAUUGAUUGGGAUUAUCUUCGCGGAGUUAUGCUAAAGAUGGGUUUCUGUACACAAUGGCUAACGUGGAUUAUGAUGUGUGUAGAAACAGUUGACUAUUCCAUCCUUGUGAAUGACAAAGUGGCUGGGCCAAUUACUCCUAGCAGAGGUCUUCGACAAGGAGAUCCGCUUUCACCUUAUCUUUUUAUUAUUUGUGCAGAAGGGCUCACAACUCUUAUCAGACAGGCAGAGGCUCGUGGUGACAUACACGGCGUUAAAAUUUGUCGGAAUGCUCCUAUUGUUUCUCAUUUGUUAUUUGCAGAUGACUGCUUCUUAUUUUUCAGAGCUAAUAUUAAUGAAGCUGAGGCAAUGAAAAAUAUUUUAAAUACUUACGAUGCAGCGUCAGGACAAUCUAUAAACUUUCAAAAAUCAGAAAUCUUUUGUAGCCGAAACGUUUCAGGUGAUAUCCAAAACUCUGUUGCUACGUGUCUUGGAGUACAUGCUGUCCUGGGUACUGGAAAAUAUCUAGGAUUACCUUCGAUGAUUGGACGUAGUAAGAAAUCUAUUUUCAGCUUCAUUAAAGAUAGAGUGUGGAAGAAGAUAAACUCUUGGAGUAGCAAAACUCUUUCUAAGGCAGGGCGUGAAGUUCUCAUCAAAUCUUGGGGUCAUUCGGGUGUUCGUAAUAAAGGUAUUCAUUGGAUGUCGUGGGAAAAACUAUCUAUGCAUAAAAGUGAUGGUGGGAUGGGUUUUAAAAGUCUCCCUGCAUUCAAUCUCGCUAUGUUGGGCAAGCAAGGAUGGCGAGUGAUGUCCAAUCCGAAUAUACUUAUCUCCAAAAUCUACAAAGCUAGAUAUUUUCCUCAUUGUGACUUCUUUGAUUCUAAGGUGGGUCAUAAUCCUAGUUUUGUUUGGAGAAGUAUUUGCAAUUCUAAAUUCAUUCUUAAAGCAGGUAGUCGUUGGCGGAUAGGAAGUGGUAAAGAUAUUCCUUUAUUGAACGAAAAUUGGUUAUAUGAUGCUUCAGCUGUGAGCCUUCAACAAACCAAUGUGCUUCUUGAUGCUAGACUUACAGUGGCUGAUAUCAUUAUUCAGGAUGAGAAGUGUUGGAAUAUGCCCCUUAUAACAUCAAUUUUUGAGCCAAACUGUGUAACGAAAAUUCUUGAUACUCCUUUAUAUAAAUCAGUGGUAGAUGAUAUGCGUAUUUGGCGUGUGGAGAAAAUGGUGAACGGUGCUUGGGUUUUGCUCUGGAAAAUUAAAGUCCCUCCGCGUGUUAAAAAUCUGUUGUGGCGCAUAUGUCGUCGAUGUAUUCCAACUCGUGUUAAUCUUCGUAGCAGAGGAGUAAAUUGUAUUGAUACUUGCCCUUUAUGCAACGAACACGAAGAAGAUAGUUACCAUAUAUUUUUUGACUGUCCAAGUAGCAGGAAUGUGUGGAGUAUGUGUACCUUCUAUCCAAUAAUAGUAGCAGCAAUGCAAAAUGGGUAUGAUGCUGCUGAAUUGAUAUUUCACCUGCUGCAGCAAAUUAAUGAGGAGGAUGCUUCUCUUUUGGCGUGUGUUAUAUGGAGUAUUUGGAAGCACAGAAAUAAUAUUAUUUGGAAUAAUGUUACCGACGCGCAAAAUUUUGUUUUUUCACGUGCAAAUAUUACUCUACAUGAUUGGCGGGUUGUGCACACAGCUAGGACUGGUGUGAAGAACCUGCAGGUGCGACACGAGAGUAGGUGGAAAAAACCUUCUAGCGGGCGGAUGAAAUGCAACAUUGAUGCUUCCUUUUCAUCUCUAAACAAUAGAGUUGGUAUUGGUGUUUGUAUCCGAGAUGAGUUUGGCGCUUAUGUGUUGGCUAAAUAUGAACAAUUUACACCUUUAUGUGAUGUUCGUUUUGGUGAAGCUCUCGGUUUACUUUCAGCUCUCAAUUGGGUUCACGAGCUAAACUUAGGACCAGUUGAUUUUGAGCUCGACUCAAAGAUAGUGGUGGAUAGUUUUCAUUCAAAUAAGUGUGAUGCUACUGAGCUCGGUGAUAUUAUUUCACAUUGUAAACAGCUAUUCUCUAAUUAUUACAACAACUCUAGUGUUGAGUUUAUUAGGCGACAAGCCAAUGAGGUUGCUCAUAGUUUAGCUAAGGCGGCCACAUAUGCAGCUAGUCCCCGUAUUUUGGUUGAUAUACCAAAUUGUAUUGAACACCUAUUGAUAAAUGAAAUGCUAUAA